CGUCGGCGCGGAGCCGUGGUUGCGUCGCGCAGAGCGGCGGCAGGCGGGCGCGGCGCGGAGGAUGCGCUGAGUGUGGGGAGACAGCACGGCCGCGGCACAGACUUAUUACAUCAAACUUCCAGCUGAGAGGAUGAGACUAUGAGUGAAGAGCGUCCCGGAGAUUUUGUGCAGUUCUUUUCCUGGGUCAGAACUGGAUUGAUCUGAGAACAGUAAUUAUGAGGCUGACAUGUAUGUUCUCCUUCAUCUUGCUGUUUGGAGCAGCUGGACUUGUUGUCUUCAUUCACCUGCAGGAUCCAGAAGAAAUAGUUCAUCAGCAGACACCAGGGAUAAAACAUAACAUGGGAUUCCAGCCACCAAGAAAAGACUGCAUUUCUAGCAACAACCACAACAGAAGUUUAAGAAAAAAUACUGUAGACAGUGUAGCAACAGUAAAGCAGAGCGAUUCAUUACACCCAUCUGAAAACAUGCCCACUAAACUUCAAAGCACAGACAGAAGGCAAAGCAGCAUAAUGUUUGCUAUGAAAGAUCAACAGAACAGUGAAGAAAAUAAUUCCAUCAGGCUCCAUAAACGAAGGAGGAGAUUUAUAAUUAAAAAGAGCCCAAUUCUGAUUUCCAUAAACAGCUCUGUUCUCAACCUGCCCACGCUUAAAUCUGAGGAUAGAAACAGCGACAAAUGGAAAAAUCUCUAUCAGAUCCAAAGAGAAAGAAAGCAGAUUAUGAAAGAAACUUGUUCCAAGUACAAGAGUAAUAACAGAAGAAUAAUCACUCCUUAUCAUGUUUCUAGAAUAUUUGUAGAAGAUAAAUACAGAGUUCUAUACUGUGAAGUUCCAAAAGCAGGCUGCUCUAACUGGAAACGGGUGCUCAUGGUUCUCAACGGGCUGGCUUCUUCCACAAAAGAUAUACAGCACAACACAGUGCACUACGGAAACUAUUUAAAAAGACUGGAUGGGUUUGAUCACAAAGGAAUUUAUCAUCGGCUCAACACUUACACAAAGAUGCUUUUCAUUCGUGAGCCUUUUGAAAAGCUGGUAUCUGCGUUUCGGGACAAGUUUGAACACCCAAACAACUACUACCAUCCGGUUUUUGGAAAAGCUAUCAUUUCCAGAUAUCGUGUCAAUGCCACCAAAGAAGCAUUAAGGACAGGCGCUGGAGUCAAAUUUAAAGAGUUCAUUCAGUAUCUUCUAGAUGUACAUAGGCCAGUGGGUAUGGAUAUCCACUGGGACCAUGUCAACAGGCUUUGCAGCCCAUGUUUAAUAGACUACGACUUUGUUGGGAAGUUUGAAAGCAUGGAAGAAGAUGCAAACUUCUUCUUGCACUUAAUUGGUGCUCCACAAAAUUUAACUUUCCCCAAGUUUAAAGAUAGGCACUCCAAUGAAGAAAGAACUACCAGUAAAAUUACAAAACAGUAUUUUGCACAGCUUUCUCCUUCUCAACGACAACAAAGUUACGACUUUUACUAUAUGGAUUACUUGAUGUUUAACUACUCAAAACCUUUUGAAGAUUUAUAUUGAUUUGAGCUGUGACAUUUUCACAGCCAUAUCAGUUGAAUUGCAUAACAAAUCCAGGUGGCUUCUGUUUCUAUAUACUUGUCUGUUAGUAAACAAUUGGUUGAAGAGCAAGAAAAACCCAAUGGCUAGUGAUGUUUACACCUUCACCUUAAUUGCCUCCUUUUUCAAAUCAUAUUUUUUCUAUGAUUUCUCCAUAUGAAAUGUAUGUACAUAUACGUAUAACGUGUCAGGGUUCCCAAAUAAAGCACAUAAUUUUCCA